AUGUUGCGGAAGUCAGUGUGCAGCGGUCCUUCCAGUUCGUCGCGCAACAUAACCCAACUCACCAAGUUCCCGCCGAUCAAGCGCCUUCGCUCCCAGCGCGUCGUUUUGGCCAUGACUUCCAAGGCCCCGCCGCAGCAGAUGGAGGAAGAGGAGACUGCAGCAGCAGCAGCAGCAGCAGCUCCGGAAGAGACACAGGAGCAAGACCACGACCAGGAGAAGAAUGGGGGCGUGUCGCAAGAGCAGCCGCCGACGUCGCAGGAUCCCGAGACGAAGGACAUGGCUACAUCCGAGGCGAAAGUCAAGACAGCAGCAACUGGAGCCAAUAAACACACGAGGAUAAACGCCACACCAAGGGAGCACAAGGACGAGACGGCAGAAGGUGCAGCUGCUAGUAGUUCGCCGGACAAGGACGAGCCAAUGGACAACUGUGCAGCGUCAACGACCACUGAGACGGCACCAGGUCCGGCUCUAGCAGCAGCUACGAAGCGCAAGUUGAAUGCGCAGGAGCCUCAAUCGGCCUCUGUUGAGGACAAGGACCAUGGAAAGACGAAGAAAGCGCGGUCUCAAGUGCACACAGAGUCAGUGGGGACGACGACGACGAGACCGGUCAAGACGAAGACGGCGUUUGCGUUUGCACGACCGACGGCAUCUUCUGCUCGACGCACGGCUGCAGUUGCACAGAAUCAGGCACAAGUCAAGGCGACGCCGGUGAUGCGGAAGAUGGUGCAGUCGAAAAAACGUGCACCAGCUGAAGAAGCUCAGCGGCUGUCGACGCCGGUAGCCACCAGGACGUCGGAUAAAGCGGCGCGAGCUCACUUUAGCUACACGCCGUACACUGGUCCAUUACCGCCGCUGACUGUGGAAUCGAGCUUUGCACCGAAGAACGGGCAGGGGUUGGAUCGUGGCAUGAGGUCGGCGUCUCCUGCGCAGUCAAAAGUGGCUGCAGCUGCUCGGAAAUCGCGACCUGCAUCAGCAAAGAAGAGCACGUUAAGUGGUAAGGAGAACUGUGGUGUGCAUACGGAGGACGUGGCAGCGUCUAGCAGCCAAGCUUCCAUUGAGCCAAGCAGAACGGGAUAG